AUGCUGUGCUGCAUUUAAGAAGCAAGGAAUUGGAUUGUUCCAACAAAUUAUUGCUAGAUAUGUUAAAUGGCAAUAUUUCAAAUGAUUCGAAGAUAUUAAUUAAAAUCUACAUAUUAUUUUCGCUUUUACCAAAUAAGUCCUCAAAAGUGAAAGUUGGGAAGAAUUUUUUUAAACCAACCCAAGUUGAAUCACAAGAAAGCUUAAUAUUUCAUAUCAAGAUUCCUGGUGAUGUGGAAGAGGAGAUAGACAAAAAGAGGGAAACGCUUAAAAAAUUUGGAUUAACCUUGCAACCGUUUAUUCUUGUAGUGGGUCCUUCUUUAACAGAAAUUCAAGCAUUUUAUGUAAGAAUUGAUAACAUCUCGUAUAAACUGUGUGCUUUUAUCCAACGGGAUAUUCUAAAUCAGAGAUGAAUAAAGCGGUGAAGGCAUCGUUACAACCUGCAUUGAAAAUCACGGCAGCCAAAUGGAUUUUAUGCGAUAUUGUACGCUACUUCGCAUCAGCUGGUAACUAUACAUAUUCUUAAUCAAGUGAUUUUUUAUUUUUCCCUUAUUGUCCUUGCGAGUAAAUAAAGUUCAUAAAAUGUGAUAAAAACAAACAAAAUGUAUUUAUAAAAAUCAUCUUGCACACAAAUCAUCAAUAUUAUAUGCCACAAAUACAUUAUACUUACGUAUUAUUCCGUAUGUUUGCUUUGCAAAAUGGUAUUACAUUUUAUUUUAGACACCUUUGAGAAAGGUAUGGAUAAGUUAAAAUUAGCAGAAAAGGCCUCUGAUCUGGAUACGGAUGUGGAAGAUACUUUGAAAAGAUCACGCCACAGCAGGCAUAUGGUUGAUAUGGAACUAUCCGACGACGACGAAUGCUCGAAGAAAGUGGCGUUAGAUAAAUUUCCGGACAUUAACUUGUUUUCCGAUAAUGUUCCCGAUCUGACAAUGAGUAGUACAUCCGCGUCAUUGGAUACCAACAUAAUUGCCACGUACGAAUGUCCAGUGAUCAAUUCCUCCAGUUCUAAUGAAAAAAUGUGCCACACGGAAAGUAAAAAUUCGUGUUUAGAAACUAGAGUUCGUCGUAAGUUUUCUUCACUCGUCGAGAAAGAAUCGUGCUCAGAUGAGAAAAAUAAAGUACCAGAUUAUACAAUAAAGAAAACAUCUAGUCAUCUAGUGAUAUCA